AUGAGUUCGUUCCUGAUGCUUUCAAAGAGGGCCUCGGAAACUGACAUGCCCGUUAUGGUUCAGAUGCAGCAAAUACUUCGAGGAACUAAAAAUGCAGUGUCUUUGGCCCAGGGAGUGGUUCAUUGGCAACCUCCCAAGGAAGCAUUGGAAAAGGUGAAAGAACUUGUAUCUGAGCCUAUAGUCAGUCGUUAUGGUAAUGAUGAAGGCAUUCCUGAACUCAGAGCAGCAUUAAUAAAAAAGUUGCGUGAUGAAAAUAAUUUGCACAAAUCUUCAGUAAUGGUUACAGCUGGUGCCAAUCAGGCAUUUGUGAAUCUAGUGCUUACUCUGUGUGAUCCGGAUGAUUCCGUGGUUCUGUUUGCUCCUUACUACUUCAAUGCGUACAUGUCCUUCCAGAUGACUGGUGUUACCAAAAUACUAGUUGGUCCUGGUAGCCCAGACACACUUCAUCCUGAUGCAGAUUGGUUGGAAAGAAUAUUAUCAGAAACUAAACCGGCUCCAAAGCUUGUUACUGUUGUAAAUCCUGGCAAUCCAACUGGAACCUACAUUCCGGAGCCCCUUUUAAAGAGGAUUUCAGAUCUAUGCAAGAAGGCUGGCUCUUGGCUUGUUGUUGAUAAUACAUACGAGUAUUUUAUGUACGAUGGCCUGAAACAUUCUUGUCUCGAGGGAAAUCAUAUUGUUAAUGUUUUCUCAUUCUCAAAAGCAUAUGGAAUGAUGGGAUGGCGGGUUGGAUACAUAGCGUACCCCUCUGAAGUAGAAAACUUUGCUGAACAACUUCUCAAAGUUCAAGACAACAUUCCCAUCUGUGCGUCAAUACUCUCGCAGUAUCUUGCCCUGUAUUCGCUGGAACUAGGUCCUCAGUGGGUUGUUGACCGGGUAAAAAGUCUUGACAAGAACAGAGAAAUUGUUUUAGAAGCUCUCUCCCCUCUUGGAGAGGGUUCUGUGAAAGGAGGAGAGGGUGCCAUAUACCUUUGGGCGAAGCUCCCUCAUGGAAAUGCCUACGAUGAUUUUGAUGUAGUUCGCUGGCUAGCUAACAAGCAUGGGAUAGCAGUAAUCCCAGGAAAAGCAUGUGGUUGUCCCGGCAAUCUUAGAAUUUCUUUCGGAGGCUUGACAGAGAAUGAUUGCAGAGCUGCUGCAGAGAGACUGAAGAAAGGCUUAGAAGAAUUGGUUAGAGAUGGACUGCGUCAGUAA